GAGAGUUACCAUACAACUCAACAAUAACCAGAGAUUUCAGUUGAAAAAAAUUCAAGAAGAAGAUAACAAUGGCGGUGAGCAAUGCAAAGUCGUUGGAAGACCAGACGCUUAAGAAGAGGAACGAGGAGCUGGAGCAAGAGCUGAGGCGGAGCCUGGAGAGAGAGGAGGAGAUGAAGACGGAGCUCCUCAAAGCUUGGCAGAGACUCCGCAUCGCCGAGGACGCCGAGGAGCUGCUCUGCUCUCAGCUCGGCGAGCUCGAAGCCGAGGCCGUCGAUCAGGCGCGUACUUACCACGCGCGGAUCGUCUCCCUCGUCGAUCAGCUCUCCCGCGCCCAGCAGCUCCUCCACGCCGCCGCCAUUUCGAUCCCUCCCUCCUCCGCCUGAGCCUGACCUGAGGCCUUUCUUAAUCUAGGUACGUAGUAUUGAUUAAUCGGUUUGGUCGGUGAUGGUGAAGAUCUCGAAGCGUAGAAUAAUCUGAGCCGUUCGUUUUUUUCAAGGCCUCGUUUCCAUCUUCGAUUGUAUAAUUUACAGAUUUUUUUUUUUUUUUGUAAAUUGUAUCUAAAAUCUGAAGUUUGUAAAAGAAAUGACUUUCCAUUUUCUUUUUGUAGUUUGAAUUAAUCUCCAAUAAUAUCAUAUUUAUCUUUUUUA